AUGUAUGCGGAGCACCAUGUGGGGUCACUUCGAGAGCAUCAGCACCGUGUGCUUGAACAAUCUUUUCUCUUCUUGGGAGAAGGAGCGGCUGCUACUGUAGCCGAAAGAGGAUCUCUAGCUGCAGGUAAACAUAUCGAUGUGCAGUAUAACGGAAAAGAAUAUCAUUUUGAUGAACAUCCGCCUAUAAAAAAGGAUCAGAAAUUGUGUAACGUAACUGUGGAAAAAUUUUACGCAACGGCGGUGGUGCCGGAGCAAAAAUAUGACAACGGAACU